CCCCCUCAGUCGAUCUUCCCCUACAUCGACUCCACCGCGAAAUCGCAGCGGCGGCGUGAUUCGUUCCAAGACAUAUAUCCAUGGGAGGAAAGCGGCGGCGACCCUCCUCCCCCUCCCCCUCCCCGUCCUCCUCCUCCUCCUCCUCCUCCUCCUCCUCCUCCUCCGUACAGCGGUUGCCCCAUGAGGAGGAUACUGCUGCAGGUGCCUUUUUACCCAACUCUCCCCUCCGUAUGCCGUACCUGGUGGAGCAGGAUUCCAAUGGACAACCCUGCCAAGAACAAUCCCUUUACCCGGACCCAGUGCUCAUGGAACCCUACUGGAAGGCGGAACGAGACUACUUUGACAAGCUAGCUGAAAUAAGGAAGCUUCCCACACUGGAUUCAGACACUGCUACUAGUCCAAGUAUUAUUCAAGAAAGUUCAGCAGAUACCAUCCUUAAAGCAUCAGAGUUUGUUUUAGGGCUAUCCUCAUAUACUGAUGGUAAGGUCCUAAGAAAAUGCUCUGGCAUUUUGAUGGAUUGGAGUAAGGGCACUGGAACCAUUCUAACAACCGCGCAGCUCAUCUGCUCAACAUCUCCAAAUGUGGAUGAGUGGUUAGGCGGAGAUGAAUAUGCUCUAAAAUCUGAGGUCCGUGUUCAGUUGUUGCAUAAGGAUGAUUUUGGGAAGGGUGAAUUGAUGUAUUUAGACAAGCAAUAUGGUUUUGCCCUGUUCAGUGUACUCAUGGAUGAACCAAAAAGGUUACCUCGGUUCAGCAAUGAACGGUUUGCUCAGGAUGUUUUCCUUCUUGGAAGAUACGAGUCGAAUUUGCAAAUAGGUAAUGGCAAAGUGCUGAGCAAAGGUACAGGCCAGUUUCAACGUCACCAUUACAUGUACACCGAUGGCCAUAUCUCUCCGUUUGGUGCUGGAGGGGCAGUUAUAAACUUUGAAGGAGAUGUUACUGGAAUGAUAGCUACUUCCAUGCAUUUCAUACCUUCUUCAACCAUUCAAAAGUGUUUGGAGAUUUGGAGGACAUACAGUCAUGUACCUCGGAUCCAUCUUGGGAUGAAGCUUUUUGGCAUCAAAUGUUUAAACCUUGUCAGUAAAGAGAAGAUAUCUCGGAAGUAUAAUGUUGAUGGUGGUCUUAUCGUCAAAGAAGUGUCAGCAGAAUCUAAUGCUGAGAAACUUGGUGUUAGGAUGGGUGAUAUUAUUCUAUCCGUGAAUGGUGAAGACAUUGCUACUGCAGUUGAGUUGGAGAAUAAGUUGCUAGAUAUAAGCAAGGCCCAUUUGGAAAAAGGAAUUGUCCCUGACUCUGGCAUGGAUGUAACGUUAGAGCUCGGCGUAUUCAAUGCCACCAAAUGUGCCCGUGGCAGAAUACUGUUAAGAGCAAAACUGUCAAAUGAUGAAGAAAUCAUUGAAGAAGGUAAAUACCCUGUUAUCUACAAAAGGCCAAAUGUAGCUGCUCCAGAUGUCUCCUUUUAGAAGAUAUGAUGAUGAACUUGGUGAAAAAAUGAAGGCUGCUCAGUCGUCUCCUUGAAAACUUAUAAUUAUUGUUUGUCUGUCUAUGGGUAAACCUUUAUUUUCUCGCUAUCUUGUUUGAUAGCGGCUAAUGUCAGGUGUUGUACUAAAAGUAUAUGAUAAUUUAAUAUUUGUCAUUUAAUCAUAUAAACUCCUAAUUUGUGUUUGGUUGGACUCUCCGAGCUACGACCAACGUAUUUUUUCUUUAAAAGCUAUUCAUGUGAUUCUUCUCCCGUUCAACCAUGGGGGCUCCAUGAUUCUCCAGCUAGCUAUUUGGGCUAGGGCUUUGGUUGUAAUUACUUGAGCCUGUCUUUAAAAGCUAUUCAAUUGUUUGAUAGCGGCUAAUGUCAGGUGUUUGAUGUUUUGCCCAACUGAGGUGUUUCAAA